AUGAAGAUCCUCAGUUGGAAUUGUCGGGGCCUGAGCAACCCGCGAGCAAUUCCGAACUUGCGUCAGCUUGCUCAAAAACACCACCCAUAUAUCCUUUUUCUGUCCGAAACUUUGGCGACAAAUCAUAAGCUUGAAAGUGUUCGGGUUUCGCUAAAAUUCGAUUCUUGUUUAACCGUUGAUGUUGUCGCGCGAAGCGGAGGUUUGGCAGUGUUGUGGAAAGAUUCUGUUAAUUGUAAUGUUGUGAAUUUCUCUAGAAAUUUUGUUAAUUUGGUGGUUAAGGAUGAAUUGCAUGAAAAGUGGAGACUUACUUGCUACUAUGGUUAUCCGGAAAGACAUAGAAGACGAGAAGCGUGGGAUAUGCUUCGAGAACUGCGGGAUAUGUUGACGGCUCCUUGGUGUGUCAUUGGUGAUUUUAAUGAUCUCCUAUCGCAGCAAGAAAAGGUCGGGAUCCAUCUUCAUCCAAACUGGCUUUGUGCCGGCUUUCGUGAUGUCGUCUCCGAAUGUAAUCUCCUGGAUGUUCCGAUGGAAGGGCAUCCUUUCACAUGGAUUAAAAGCAGAGGUACACCACAUGUUAUCGAAGAACGGUUAGACCGAGCGCUUGUAACGCAGGAUUGGCUGGAUAUUUAUCCUGCGGCAAAACUGAGUAAUCUUUUGGCCUCGCACUCUGAUCAUAGUCCAAUCCUUCUUCAGUGUGAACCUUAUCGACGGCAACGAUCCCAGCCUUACUCCUUUAGAUUUGAGAACUCUUGGCUUAAAGAGGAAGAGCUGCAAGGGGUGGUGAUUAAAGGGUGGAAUGUUGUGCAGAAGUGA